UUAUUAUUUUCUGUCAUGUGUGAAAAGAAAAUAAUGUGAGAAAAGAAUUUGUAUCAGUAUCUGAAAAUCAGAAAUUUCAAGUAUGUUUUUGAAAGAUUUUUCUUCUUUCAAUCUUUUUUUAAUCUUCAAUCUUAGUGUUUUCAUUACUAGCUGUCUCGGAUUCCAUUUACUUCCGAAUCCUCAAAUCGUCGGAGGUACUGAGGCUGAGAUAAGUCAGUAUGCUCACCAACUGAGUUUGCAAACUACGGGACACAUUUGCGGUGCUUCAGUGAUCAGUUCUCAAUGGGUCAUCACUGCAGCCCAUUGUGUGACAUCAUCAGCCAGUCGAUAUAGUCUACGAGCAGGUAGUAACUAUAAAGAUCAAGGCACUCGUUACACCGUAAGAAGAGUCAUAGUGCAUCCUAAUUACAAUUCUAAAACUAUUGAUUACGAUGUAGCUCUUCUGCAGAUUGAUGGCACUAUACAAUUGAAUUCGAAUGUUCAACCUAUAAAACUCGCAACCUCGGAACCAAAAGCUGGAACAGUAGUGACUGUAACUGGCUGGGGCGCACUUAAGCAAGGUGGACCAACUUCAACACAUUUGAUGAAAGUAUCGCUUCCUAUAGUGAGCAGAUCUGAAUGUCAAAAUGCUUAUAAGAAUUACAACACAAUCACAAACAGAAUGAUAUGCGCCGGUUACACCCAAGGCGGAAAGGAUUCUUGUCAAGGUGAUUCUGGUGGUCCUAUGGUGGCUGGAGGAAUUCUCUAUGGCAUCGUGUCAUGGGGUUAUAAAUGUGCUCAGCCAAAGUACCCUGGCGUUUAUACGAACGUGGCUAAUUUACGAUCUUGGAUUAAGAGUAAUAGCGGAAUAUAAAAAAUAUAAUCAUAUAUAAUCAUAUAA